GUGGAGCGAGGAGAUCCGCGCGAGCUCAGCAGCAUCACCACAGACCUGUAACAUCAGCUUCAGCUCAGCACAGUCUGAAUAUGUAGCGCUGAAAUAAACCAGCAUUUAUUUAAUACCGUUUUUAUACGAAGCUGUCAAUUAAAAUAAAAAAGAGCUCAAAAGGAAUUUGACGGAAGAUUAAGAGUAAAAGUGAGUAAAAUUCGUCAAAAUGUUGUUUAAAACGAUCCUCACAGCGAUGUUCGCAUUUGUUUGCAUCCAAAGCGCGAGAUCAAGUCCUACUGGAGUCCCAGUGAGUGAUGUGGGGGAACUGGAGGCUGGAUCAGGGAUGCUGCAGACAGAAGAUAUCAACCUGCUGGAUCAGCUGUGGCAGGUGGCCAACAGCAGUAAUGCCACUGUGACUCUGGAGGGUCAGAGAUGUCCAGUGCUGCAUGUAGGGCAGUACUCCACCCUCGCCCUGCCUUUACGCCAGCUGUUUGGACACAGCUUUGGGGAUGAGUUCAGUUUGCUGCUGCAGUUGCGCAGUUCUCAGCGUGAUGACCGCAGUCUGCUGACCUUCCUCUGCCCUGACGGACACAUCCUGCUGCAGAUCCGCAUCAGUGCUUUCUCCUUCACCUUCAUCAGCACACAACAGCGCCACUACGAGUUUCCUGUGGGCGUACUGUCUGAUGGAAAUUGGCAUCGGGUGGCAGUGAGUGUGUCUACAGGACGGUUGGCUGUGUACGUGGACUGUGCCAUGGUGGAGAGCGUAGACUGGGUCUACCAGGAUGGCCUGGGCAUCGCCACCGAUGGACUCGUCAUGUUGGGAGGAAUCAUUGAGGAAUUUGAGACACCAUUUGAGGGUGACCUGAAGCAGGUGACGUUCCUGAUGGGUGACCCGGAUGCUGCCAGAGAUCAGUGUGGGGUUCAUGAGCCUCAGUGUGACGGAACUCCUCACAAACCCCCUCGUUCCCCACGCACCCACCAGCUAGAGGAGCUUCUUCUGUCCUCAAAUGACCUGGAGGACCUUCUGGCGAAUUCUGACCCAGCAGAUCGGGACUCUCUCCGCACAGCACUGACCGGUCUAAGGAGACGUGGGCUAGUUCGAGGAGACGGUACACUCCCAACAGGCUCCAAGAGACCCGGGUCAGUGAGCCGUGGGGACGUCUUCGAGGUGGACGAGGACACUGACCUGGCCGACCCCGACACACUCUCCAAAAACGGUGGCUUACCCAACAAGAUACCCCCUGCUAAAGGCAGCAAGGGGGGCAAGCCAGACUCGACAUCCAAGAUUGUGGACGAGAACAUCACCAUCGAUAAACAAAAACCUGAGAAAACAUUAGCUAAGGAACCUGUGGAUAACACUAUUAUCGACCUAGAUGCUAAAAUUCCAUCAAUUCCUAAAAAGCCCUCAGGAGAAAGCCCCCUGGAGCCCCCCGCAGGCCCUGAGGACCCUGAGGACAACCUGGUAAAGGAAGUGGAAGCACCCACCAAGCCUCCACUGAGCACAUCCACCGAGGGGAGCCUCAGUCAUGGUAGAAGAACUACAACUCCCAGCACCCCCCACAUCUCUAAAGGCAGUGUGAUUCUCACUGGUAAGGAAGGGGACCUGGUGAAAGGCUCAGAUGGGAGGAUCUAUCAGAUCCGCAGGGGCCCUCCAGGACCAAUGGGGUCCCGUGGAGAACCAGGCUGUCCAGGCAACGAGGGCUAUCCCGGGUUGAAAGGUGACAAGGGUAGUGAUGGUCCAGAGGGUCGUCCAGGUCGCCCUGGAAACCCUGGACCACCGGGGCCACCAGGACCGCCCAACGUUUAUCUAUGGAGGAACACAGCAGAGGACUGGGCCGCCUUUCGGCAAACCAAUUUCUACCAGCUGCUGAAUGCUGGUUGGCCUAGAUUGGUGGGUCUACCUGGGCCAGAGGGAGAGAUGGGGAAACCAGGCUUACAGGGACCACCAGGAGACCCAGGAGAAAUAGGACCACCAGGACGCAGGGGAGACACGGGUGACCCUGGUAUUCAGGGUGUGCCGGGCAAAGCAGGGAUUCCUGGCAGGGAUGGGGAGAAUGGUCUGAAUGGACACCAGGGACCUCCUGGGAUGACUGGACCACAGGGGCCUCUUGGGUAUAGAGGAGAAUCUGGCACACCUGGAGAAAACGGAGAUGAGGGACCUACUGGAGCAGAGGGUCCCAGUGGAGAGAUGGGGGAACCUGGAGAGAGGGGUUCUAAAGGACUCCCAGGACAGCCCGGUUCUGCUGGCCCUCAAGGGCCACAAGGGCUCAGGGGGAUUGAGGGACCUGAGGGGCCUCCAGGGCCAGAUGGAGAAGAUGGUUUGGAAGGACCAACAGGUCCACUAGGGUCUCCAGGCCCUUCCGGUUUCACUGGAUUGGUUGGUGCUAAAGGAGUAAAUGGCUCACGGGGCGAUCCUGGACCUGCAGGAAGCACUGGCCCUCGAGGGCCACAGGGUCCUCAGGGGCUGGAGGGGCAGAUUGGACCUCCGGGGCCUCCGGGCCCACAGGGUCAGCCGGGGAGCGAAGGAUUACCUGGCCUAAAAGGAGAUCCUGGACUGAUUGGACCCACAGGCCUUCGGGGUGAGCCGGGGUUUGAGGGCCCCAUGGGUGCGCUAGGAGCACAAGGUUCCCAGGGAUUUGUGGGUGACAGAGGUGCGAGAGGACCUGAUGGAGACCAGGGGGAUGCAGGACCCAAAGGUGACAAAGGUGAAAAAGGAGCCCCAGGGAUAAGGGGGUCUCAGGGUGAGCAGGGGUCUGCUGGGUUUCCUGGCUUUCCAGGAGUGAAAGGUCAACCUGGAACAAGGGGUUUCCAGGGGGAAGAUGGAGAGAGUGGUCCACGAGGCAAAACAGGAAAGGAAGGUCCAAAGGGGAACAGAGGGCCAGAUGGCCGUCAGGGAAAACCAGGAUCCAGAGGGCCAAAGGGACGUACAGGACAGAGAGGGCACGUUGGUAUGCCGGGACCACCGGGGUUGCCAGGUCCUCCGGGAGCAGUGGGACCUGAAGGAAAGCCUGGUACACAGGGCCCUCAAGGUGCGGUGGGUAACACAGGGGAAAAAGGACUAAUGGGCUUUCAGGGCAUUGCAGGAGAGCAAGGUCUGGAAGGACCACCCGGGCCUCCUGGUGCACCUGGACGGGAAGGACCAAUGGGCAAUCAGGGACCACCAGGAGACAUGGGUUUUUCUGGGACGCCUGGAGCUGAGGGUCUUCAGGGCCCUGUUGGCAUGUAUGGCUUCCCAGGACCCAUUGGCAUGCGAGGAAGGCCAGGACACAUGGGAGAACGGGGUGUGCCUGGUUUGAAAGGACCCCCUGGACCCAUUGGGAAGCCUGGACCCCCGGGUCCCCCAGGACAAACUGGAGAGAGGGGCCUUCCAGGAGCCCAGGGCAGACAAGGAGAUCCUGGACCUCAAGGAAUAGAUGGAGCACCUGGUCCUCCAGGUCCACAGGGAGUGGAUGGGGCAAUGGGGCGGGCGGGGCCUCCUGGCAGUAAAGGAGCUCCAGGCAGUCCAGGUCCAAAUGGGCCUCCAGGUAUUCCAGGUCCUCAGGGUGCAGUAGGAGUGCAGGGACCAGCUGGAGAGAAAGGAGAGAAGGGAAUGUUAGGUCCUCCUGGUGAUUCUGGUCCUGCAGGACUGGAAGGCCGACAGGGUCCACCGGGUCUAGUGGGGCCUGAAGGGCCAGCAGGGCGGAAAGGGGAUCAGGGGGAGCGGGGUCUCUGUGGUAAACUUGGCUUUCAGGGACAGAAGGGAGAACGUGGUCCACAGGGUGAAAAAGGUCUGCAGGGGUCAGCCGGCCCAAUGGGCAAAGAGGGAGACGUUGGACAGCCUGGAGAUGCUGGUGAACCUGGACCUAAAGGGGAAAAGGGUGAUGUGGGCCCUCGAGGGUUCCCUGGUUUAGAAGGGCCCUGGGGAGCCGUGGGUGGGAAUGGAGAGAGAGGACUCAAAGGAGAUAAAGGAAACAUUGGCCUUCUGGGUGAGCCAGGUCUUAUGGGAGGAGUUGGACCUGCUGGAUUAAAAGGAAUUCCGGGUGACAUUGGGCCCCCGGGACCAGUAGGAGCCAACGGGCCCCCAGGGAACAAGGGAGAGAUGGGCCCUGCUGGUUUACCAGGUGUUCCGGGAAAUGCUGGACCUGAGGGGGCAGUGGGGGCAGCAGGGGUGAGAGGAGACCCCGGAAAACCAGGACCACCGGGCAGUGUAGGACCUGUUGGUGCUGUAGGGGACCCUGGGCCUAAAGGAUAUUCUGGGCCUGAGGGGGAGAAAGGAGAUCCAGGGAAUCAAGGAGAAGCAGGGGAAGAGGGACCAGAGGGCUUACCGGGUAUUCAAGGACCUCCUGCACUGCGUGGUUUAGAGGGACCACCAGGAGAGCCAGGUGAUCAGGGGCCACCAGGAGCAUCAGGCGCCCAGGGGAGGCCAGGUGGAGCAGGGCCGGAGGGAGCACAGGGCACGAAAGGAGAGAAGGGAGAUGACGGCAUUCCUGGACCACCAGGAAAUUUGGGUCUGACCGGAAGGAGGGGAAAAAGAGGAAAAGCCGGUUUAAGGGGACUGAGAGGACCAAGAGGAGAAAAGGGAGAGAGAGGAGAGAUUGGAGAAAAAGGACUUCCAGGGUGGCAGGGGUCCAUGGGUAUUGCAGGGCCACAAGGAGAGAAGGGUGAUGAUGGUGUAAAAGGAGAAGAGGGGGAGAAAGGGGAUCAGGGUCCGAUUGGUCCACCAGGAAAAGACGGUCCACAGGGUAGCCAGGGUUCUCUGGGGCCACCUGGACCACCAGGACCAAAGGGCAAUCAGGGAAGUAUUGGUCCUAUUGGGCCAAGAGGGACACCUGGAAUACCUGGACUACCUGGUUUGUUUGGAGAAAAGGGUCUGAAGGGUUUUCAGGGAUCUCCUGGGCCAGCAGGGAAGAAGGGCCUUCCAGGACCACCUGGACCCCCAGGACCUCCAGGCCUUUCUGUGAACCUUACUCUGAACCAAAUUAAAAAUCUGAUGUACGUUUCAGACAAGCCCAACUACUCCCUGAUCCAGACGUUUCUGGACUCACUGUUCCGUGAUCUGAGGCUGCUGCUGGACCCACCUGACGGCAGCAAGGAGCGCCCGGCCUCCACCUGCCUGGAACUGUGGCUGUGCCGACCCAACUACACCAGCGGAUUCUAUUAUAUUGACCCGAAUCAGGGCAGCCCUGCAGACGCGCUCUUAGCUUACUGUAACUUCUCUGAAUCCAGAGCAGAAACAUGUCUUCACCCCAGGAACGCACAGCUGCCUAUGAGAGCAUGGCUGAAUGAUUCUGUGACUAAUGGUUCUUUCAACUGGCUCAGUUCCCUUCAGAGCGGCUUUCAGUUUGAAUACCCGGGGCUCUCGGUGGUCCAGGUCCGCUUCCUGAGGCUUCAGAGCAGCCAGGCGGAGCAGAAGAUGACCUUCUCCUGCUAUUCCGGAUACAGACUGGGUCAGGCACAACGCCAGGUCAAGUUCCUCACUGACUCACUGAGGCAGAGCUACUUGGGGACCCUGCAGGACUGUGUGCCUGCCAUGGAAGUGGAUCCAGGGCCACGGGAGUCAGUGCUUCAGUUUGAGGACAAGGACCUGCUCCCUCUGCGAGAUGUUGCAGUGUUUGCCGACGGCAGUCUUUCACAAGAGUUUGGAUUCACCGUGGGUCCCGUCUGUUUCAGCUAGAGUCAGAAAAAGAGAGAGAUAGGGAGAGAGAAAGAGAGAGAGAGAGAGAGAGAGAGAGAGAGAGAGAGCUGCAGAUGAAGCCAGAAGAGAAGUGGAGAAUAUGAGGAUGGACCGAAGACCUGUGGGCCCUUUACACUCCUCACUACCCAUUAAUGACUCCUUAAAAUGGGCACUUUUUACUGGUGCUUUUUACCAAAUGAACUGUGGCUUUUGUUUACAAAGACAUUUACAUUUGGAUUUGUAAUUUAUAUAUUGUUUUAUUGUUGUAGCAAUAUGGCUCUGUUUCAUGUAGUUUAUAUUUCUGAUUUCAUCAGCUGGACUUGUAAUACGCAGAGGGUCAGUCUCUGGGACUCUGCUUCCUUAACCAAUUGAACCACAGGGUCUUAAUGAAACCACUAUGUGGUUGCACACUCCAACUGUACUCAACUGUAAGCAGCAAAGUCUGUGUUGCCACUGCAGCAUUUAAUACACAUGCUAAGAACCGCAAUAGUGAGAAUCUAAAAGGCGUGGCAGUAUGUUUUAACUAGUCUUUAUCAUAAUUUUUUUUUAAACAAUGUGUUCUGAUGGGAACGCAGCUUCAGCCUAACCUUCAAACACAAAUACGUAUGGUAACACUUACAAAUAUGUGUGUAGUUUCGAAUUAAAAUGAAACAUGUUGGUCUUUGUUCUCUGCUUUGGAAUUCUGAACAUCUUCCAGUGUAAAUACAGUGGUGCUUGAA